UACACUCCCUACUCCUCCUCUUCCUAUUCUUCUUUAUACCCAAAUCCAUAACCAAGAGCCUAUGCUGGGCAGGCACAGAGAGUGAUAAAAUCAAAAUAUUCCAAACUAUAGUUUAUGUAGGUAAAGGGGAACAAUAUAUAGUUGAGGUAUGAAACUCGUUAAAAAGUGAUAGUUCAAGUGGUAAAAGGAACAAUGUAUAGUUGAGUAUGAAACUCAUCAAAAAGUAAUAGUUUAUGUGGUAAACGGAACAAUGCAUAGUUGAGGUAUGAAACUCGCCCAAAAAUAAAACGAUAGUUUAGGUGAUAAAGGGAAAAUGCAUAGUUGAGGUAUGAAACUCGCCCCAAAAAAAGAUAGUUUAGGUGAUAAAGGGAACAAUGCAUAAUUGAGGUAUGAAACUCUCACAAAAAAACAAUAGUUUAGGUGAUAAAGGGAACAAUGCAUAGUUGAGGUAUGAAACUUUCCAAAAAAGUGAAAGUUUAGGUGGUAACAUGAACAAUGUAUGGUUGAGGUAUGAAACUCACCAAAAAAUGAUAGUUUAGGUGUAUUUUAAACCAUUAGCUCAAGAAACUAUGAAGCAAAAAAAAAAAAAAGAAUUACUAUUGUUUUUACCUUCAUUAGCAUAUUCUAAGCAGUGCUCAAGUUUAUAGAGUCCCAAUUCCCUUUUAAGUUGAGGUUCUAUCGAAAACAGCUACCUACGCUACAAAGGUAGGGGUAAAGUCUGUGUAUAUCCUCUCCAGACCUCACUUAUGGAAUUACGCUAAAUAUAUUGUUGUUGUUGUUGUUAUCGUCGUUUAUUAACAUGAAGAUGUUUCCGUGUUCAAGCUACAAUAAAAAGCAUGGAGAAAAAUGACGGAAGGAAAGGCAACUACACCCUUGAUGCCACCCUCAUCAAACAAGUUGCCAGUAUACAACAAAUCAGUUAAGUUGAAAUAUGUUAAGCUUGGUUACCAUUACCUCAUUACUCAUGGAAUGUACCUCUUAUUAACUCCUCUAAUAGCUGUGGUUGCUGCUCACAUGUCAACACUUACUCCUCAAGAUCUGUCUGAACUAUGGGAGAAUCUUCGGUACAACCUAAUCUCAGUAAUUUCAUGGACAACACUCAUAGUACUCGUGUUAACGGUCUACAUUGUAACGCGUCCUCGCCCAGUAUACCUUGUGGAGUUCUGCUGUUACAAGCCUGGUGAAGCACAUAGGUGCACAAUGCAGACUUUCGUGGACCAGUCUAAGUUAACCGGUGCAUUUACCGAGGAGAAUCUUGAUUUCCAACGGAGGAUUUUACAACGAUCAGGGCUCGGGGACAACACGUAUUUCCCUGAGGCUUUGCUCAACAUACCUCCUAAUCCAUCGUUGCAACAAGCUAGGAAAGAGGCUGAGACGGUCAUGUUUGGUGCUAUCGAUGGUCUAUUGGCUAAAACAGAAGUGAAAACGAAGGACAUUGGAAUCUUGAUUGUCAACUGCAGCCUGUUUAACCCAACUCCCUCUUUGUCAGCAAUGAUCAUAAAUCAUUAUAAGCUUAGAGGGAACAUAGCUAGCUAUAAUUUAGGUGGAAUGGGAUGCAGUGCAGGGAUAGUUUCAAUAGAUCUGGCUAAAAAAUUGCUUCAAGUGCAUGCAAGUACGUACGCUUUGGUUGUUAGCACAGAGAAUAUAACACUCAAUUGGUAUCUUGGAAAUGACAGAUCAAAGUUAGUGUCGAAUUGCUUGUUCAGAAUGGGUGGUGGAGCUAUACUUCUAUCGAAUAAAUGGACAGAGAGGAGGAGAUCAAAAUACCAACUUUUGCACGCUGUUAGAACGAAUAAAGGUGCAGACGACAAGUGCUUUGCUUCCGUGACUCAAGAAGAGGAUGCUAACGGAAAACUAGGUGUUUCUUUGUCGAAAGAACUCAUGGCUGUGGCUGGAGAUGCCUUAAAAACUAAUAUAACUACUCUUGGACCUCUUGUGUUACCGGUAUCAGAACAGUUGCUAUUCUUUGCUACGCUCAUUGGGAAGAAACUUUUCAAGAUGAAACUCAAGCCUUACAUUCCUGAUUUCAAACUAGCAUUCGAGCAUUUCUGCAUUCAUGCUGGUGGAAGAGCAGUUUUAGAUGAAAUAGAGAAGAAUCUGCAUCUUACUGAAAGACACCUCGAGCCAUCAAGAAUGACAUUGUAUCGUUUUGGCAACACUUCGAGCAGCUCUUUGUGGUACGAGUUGGCUUAUAUCGAAGCUAAGGGAAGAGUGAGGAGAGGUGAGAGAGUGUGGCAAAUAGGAUUUGGUUCAGGAUUCAAGUGUAAUAGUGCUGUGUGGAAGGCUUUGAGGACUGUAAAGCCAGCAAAGGAAGUGAAUCCAUGGAUGUCUGAGAUAGACAAGUUUCCAGUGGACGUUCCACGAGUAGCAAACAUUUAAAUACCAAAUGCGUUCAAUGAGCAGAGACAGAUCCAGGAUUUGAAGGUAGUUGGUACACCUACAUAGACAUAAUACUUAAUUAUUUUUUUAUUUUAUUUUUUUUGUAUAUUACUCCAGGAUUCUUCAUCAGCAAGGACAAUUUGUUAGUUUUUAAGAGAAUUUUGUUGUCAUUGGAUGUUACCAAUUGUCUAGAAUCCAAUUAACUAUUUUUGAAACCUUCUUAGGUUUGUGAAUUUUGAUUGAAGCUUGUGAUCUUAAUAGAUUCAUUUGAGGACAA